AGAAGAGGUUUCGGUGGAGCUGUAAGCAUGAAACUGAAAUACACAAUGAAACGUGCUUGGUUUACCUGUUUAGAAGUUACAAAAAAUACCGAAGAAAACUCUUGGAGGGACGAACAACGUUUCAUGUAUCUUCGAUUACGACGUCUAGUGGGUAGUGUGAACGAGCAUCUCUUCGAGAAUUUACAUUACGAACACGAACUACUCUUACAGAUUCCUUUGACACUUCCAUUAAGACCUCCACCAGCUUCCACUUACUCGGGAUACGGAGAGUACGGUGGACGUUUCUUUUACUAUGGAAAUAUGAAUAAAUAUGCAUAUGAAAGUAAAUUCAUGCAUACAGUGAGCACGGCAAAUCUAACAGUCGAAACUGAACAACAGGUCCAGAGACCACCGUCAUUUGAUCUAGUGAUUGAGGUUGAUUUAAAGUGCACACCAGAAUUGGCGCCACUUGCUGUCAGAUCGAUUUUAAAAUCUGAUGAAUUUGAAACCAAUGAAUUGAAAACGUACAAGAAUCAGCAGCUCUAUUUACGAAUGAAUGUUAUAUGCUCAGCGUCGAUAGCUAAUAGAUUACCUGGUAAUUUUGUGUGGGAAUUGCGUAGUCCACGACAUGUAUGUCAAAAUUUGUGAAUUACCUCGGUUUUUACAUUAAAAUAUUACACUAUAAAAUAUUGUAAGCACAUACAUUCA